ACAUGAAGUCACUGCGAUUUAUUGCUGCUGAGGGCUUCGUCCAGAGUGGUCCGAGUGCUCUGGAGAACCUAAACUGCAUGUCUUUCAACCUUUACCCGCUCCUCUUCAAGGCCUGUUAUCUACUCGAGCAGGCGGACCUGCUGCAUGCUUUGGUGCAGACUUGGCCUCUUCCCGUGCUCGACUUACAGAGGCUGCUGGGAGCGACAGCUGACUGUCAGACGGACCUCACCUCCUGCACCUGCCGGCUCUGUCUGGAGGCCAUUAUAACUGGCUUAAAGGAUUAUGUGUUGUCUCCUCCAAGAACCUAUGCCAAGAACCUGCGUGUGGUGGACCUGACGGGCCUGAGGGAUGUGGAGCACCAUACCUGCCCCUGCCGGUCCACCUUAGGUCGAUGGGGAAGAACCAAACUCCUGACACAAGUGUGCUUCGAGACCAUGGUGACCAUGCAAGCCACCGAAGUGACGCAAUCUGCCUUUGAAACAUCUAUUGAUGUCCGUCUGAACGGCUUUGUUACAGGUCGCAGCUAUGAGCUGGUGGCUCAGGCAUUCCUCGUCCUCCGCUACUGUCCCCUGAAGCUGCGCUUUCUUAGUUUUCGGGCUGACUCCCUCACUCUCAAGCAGCUGUUUUAUGUUCUUCGCCUAGCAGAACCUGAGAGCAUUGAAAAGCUGGAGGUAGUCCACAAUGUUCCACUGCAGGCUGCUCACUUGGAAGUGCUGCUGUCCAAGGUGGAACUUUCCAAAUUACAGUCUUUGACCCUGCCGGCCGGGGCGUUGGAUGUUAGGAGGUUGGGCUCUGAUGUGGACGACGUGAUGUCCAUCAUCGGGAAUCUGCUGGCCCAACUGAGCAGCCUGACUGAGCUCUAUGUUGGUUUCUCCCCUCUAACCGGACACAUACGCAGACUGCUUAAUCCUCUCAACACACCACUGCAGUGCUUGGAUGUGGCCAACUGUUGCCUUAACCGAGUGGACAUGACAUAUCUGUCAAACAGCCUUCACAGCGAGUUCCUGGUCAGUCUGGACAUCAGUGGACACGACAUCUUCAGCUCUUUCUCCUCCUGUUUCGACAAACUGCUCGGCCGCUGCUCAGCCACAUUGACCAACCUGACAGUAGAAGAGUGCAACAUCGAGGACGAGCACAUGGAUGCCUUCACUCACUCUCUGGCUCGCUGUCAGAUGCUGGAGGAGCUCAAACUCCUGGGAAACCCUCUGACCUCUGCAGCUCUAUGCAGAUUAUUCUCCAUGCUAUCUGCAGGCUUUCCUAAGUUAAAAUACAUAGAGGUGCCGGUUCCCCGGGAGUGCUACUCAGAGGAUGUCACUUACCCUCUGGAGGAUUCAGACCUCCUGGUGUACAACAAUGAGCUGUUUCAGGAAGUGAUGGCCCAGCUGAGGGGGAUUCUGGAAGGAGCAGGGAGAGGGAGUGUGGAGGUGUGCACCCCACUCAUGGGGGCAUAUGACCCAGAUAUAAAUGAAACCAGCAAUGAGCUGUCAGUGUCCAUGUUGCUGUCUUUUAACAACGUCAUUGGGGACUUUAUUGGUAGCAUAACUGAAGUGGACAACAGGAGAUCACAGGCUCAGAAAAAUGAUUAGUAGAUUUGCCUGUGGAGUGGUCAAGUGCACAGAAAAGGGAUAUGAAGCCAGAUGGUUGAAAUUAAUCUAAACAUUUAUGGAAAGCAGUUCUGAGUCCUUAACCCUUGCGGAAAUUAUUUUUUGCCAAUGAGCGAAUCACUCCCGAAAAGGUCUUCCUUGUAAAGGCUGUGUCAUUAAUUCGUACUAUAAUAGGCCAUGAUUUAGUUCUAAAGAGCGUUUUUAAGUUUGAAACAGAGAAAAACGCAAAUUGUAAUACAAAGUUUUAAAGUUAUUUUUUUGUUACUAGAAAAAUAAAUGACAAUUUCUGAACUGUCCUUUGUUUUAAUAGUGAUGACGGUUAGAUUUGGUUAGGUCAGAGUUGAGAAACACAAAAAGUCUUGCUCUUUAUGUAUGACUGAAGACAAAACCUGAAUAGAGUUAUAGUAGACAUAUUUUAUUAACACCAUAUACAUGGUUUUUAGGUCUAGAAGUUACCUCAACUGCAGAUCAUUGUUUUCUGUUCAGCACCUGCUAUAGUCUGUCAGCAGAAUAUAUGUGCAGUGCAGAUAGAUGUGGUAACUGUAGAUGAUGGUAGAUACUUGAAGUUUUUUAAAGAUUCAUUCUAACUUGUAUUUAUCAUGUCUAUAUUCUUGUUUAAAUGCUGUACAUAACUGGAUUUGUUAAUGUUAACAGCAUUACUUUGAAACAAUCAGAAUAGCAGGUAUGCCUGUAAUGGUUUCACGUUGUCAUACCAAUAAAUCAAUCUUCCAAAUAA